UCAGUAACAUGGUUGCAAUACGGGACAGGUGCACAAACAUGGGCCAUUGUUCUAUGUAGAUGGACCAUACAAUCAGUCCUGCCUCAUUGUCUUAACUCAACACAGCAAGAACAAAUUAUUUUCAUUUGAAUCAUAACUGAAUAAUUAAUUUCUACUAUCGCGAUCGGAUAAAUAUCAAAAAUAUUUAUUGCUGUAAGUCAACAAGUAACCUAAGUAUUUUUAUAAAUAAUUCGGUACAAAACAAAACUUUGACUUGAAUAUAAUCAAUAAAAUGAUCUAGAAAAGUUUCAAUUUAAGCAAAGUAUAAAUAAGCAGGUCCAUUAUGCUGACAAUAGGGGCGAUGAAUACGCCCCUGGAACACGAUUGCGCGCGUGCUUAAUCUCCGCGGCUGUCACAUUCUGUCAAGCCCGGUCGUAAGCCCGUGCUCAUCAGCCAUGCUGUGUCCAACUUUAGAAAGUGUAAAUCGCAGGCAUUAAGUGUCGCACGGCGCGGUUUCUAGCCGCCAGGAAAAACGGCGGCUUGCAAUCGCGAUCAAACAUGUACCCUAUCUUUCCCGAUCUAACAACCGAUACGGGUGUGUCUACGCGCGUGUUCCGAUACGUGACCAAGUAUGUCAGUUAGUUCGUAAAAGUGCGACGUGUGCCGUAACCGUGACGAGCAUUAGGUUACCGGUGAGCAGGAAUAUUCUCCGACAAUGUCAGCUGAUAUCCUGCAGGAUAAGAGCGUAGCCUUGAACGGCAAGAAUGAUGUACCGGUAGGUCCGCGGCCCACUACCAGACGUGGACUUAGGGUUUACAAGAUCGUCGUCUUGGGUGACGGUGGUGUUGGUAAAUCAGCUGUCACUUUGCAGUUUGUUAGUCACAGUUUUAUUGACUACCAUGACCCAACUAUAGAGGAUUCGUAUCAACUACAAAGUGUAAUAGACGGAGAGGCUGCGCUCUUAGAUAUAUUGGAUACAGCAGGACAGGUGGAAUUUACAGCUAUGCGAGAUCAAUAUAUGAGAUGCGGAGAAGGUUUUAUGAUAUGUUAUUCUGUAACUGAUAGGCAUAGCUUUCAAGAAGCUCUAGAAUAUCGAAAAUUAAUAUCGCGUGUGAGGGCUAAUGAGGAUAUUCCAUUGGUAUUGAUUGGCAAUAAAUAUGAUUUGCAGCACAAAAGAAAGGUAACUACAGAAGAAGGUAAAGCACUUGCAGAACAGCUUGGUUGUCCGUUUUAUGAAACAUCUGCUGCUCUCAGACAAUUCAUAGAUGAUGCAUUUCAUUCGUUAGUAAGACAAAUUCGUGCUAAAGAAAGGUCGCGAAAUUCAGUGCGUAAACAUAGUCGCUGGUGGCGAUUGCGAUCGAUUUUCGCUUUUAUUUUUAGAAGAAAACAAAGACACAGCAACAAUCAUCACUAUUCUCCUUAAAUGAAAUUAGUCUAAUAGGAAACCUUUUGAUAGCAUAUAUUUUAAAUGAAUGACACACAGAAACCCAGUUUGAACUUCCAUAGAUUACAACGAACGAAAUUUCAAUAAUUUUGAUUAUAUUUAAUAGUAGUCUCCCUGUUUAGAGACUUAUUAACAUCUCACUGCCUUCAACCCCAUUAUAUUUUGAUAAUAGUAAUGGAGAUGCAAAACAUAGACUGCAACUCAUAUUUUUUAUCAUAAAUUCUAUAACAUUAUGUAAAAUUAGAAUUAGUUACCAACUCAGAAAAAGAAGAAAGUAAACUGUUAUACAUUGUAAAUGUAUAAUAUGUUUGUCAUUUUUUAAGUCUAACUUCAGUAUGGCAGUAAUAGUAUUUUCAUAACUCUUUGUCCCGUUAAUACGAUGAUUCUUUCAUUAUUAUUUAUCCGAAAAGGCUGUUAAUGUUAUUUAUAGUAUAUUUUAAUAAGAAAAACAACAAAAAUUCAAUGCCUAAUUAUCAUAGAAAUAGUUUAUUUAUAUCUCGUUUAAAUUAAUAUAGUCACUUCCAGUUGGUGCUUUUUCUAGACAGAAUUUACACUUUAAUCAUUGGGAUACAACCUAUUAGAUCGUAUAACCAAAGAAGAUAGCAUUCAUUACCGAGAUAACAUAAAGCAUAAAGUAAAAAAUUUGUAAAUGUGAGAAACAUAGAAAGAUUUAUAUCACUUUAUAGCAGUAUUGUUAUCUCGUCCUAAUUAAUUGUAUGAAGUUAAACGAUUGAGUUUUAUUUAUAAUAAUUUAAUUUUUGCAAAAAGAAGAUUUAUAAGAGAUUCUUUAUUAAAUUAAAUAUGUAUCUUUAUAAAGUACAUUCGAGAUUGAUGAUACGUAAAAUUUACAGACGUUGUACGCUUGAAAGUCACAUCGAAUGUAAUAAUUUUUGAAAAGAUAUUCGUUGACAAAAAGAAAUUUAAAUGAUUACGAUUUUAUAUUGAAUGCAGAAAGUACUAACAGUGUGCGAUAUUAUUACAAAUUGGUAAAGGUUUAUCUUCGUGAAAAUUAAAUGGCUCCUAAUAGAAUGUACAUUUUUAUAUUACAAUUAAUACUGACUACAUAUAACAAAUUCUAUUUUCACGAUUCCUAAUAUUCGUUAUGUAAUGAUAUUUGUAAUUCGUGCAGCUUUGAUACACGCGAUUUUGUUUCAAAAAUGUCUAAGGAAGUACAUGAUUGUAGACAAAUUGUGACAGUGUAGAGAUGUAAUAAUAGUGUAAUAUGCUUUAAAUAAUUGCCACGCAAUAGAACAAAUUUAUAUUGGCAAAUAGUCGUAACAUAAAAUAGUUAAAUUUAAGUUUAUACAUUAAAGAUCUAGUCGUUACUUAAUGUUUCCUAGUCAAG